UGGACCAUGCUGUGGACCAUGCUGUGGAUCGAUUCGAGUGUCCAUAUUUUAAUUUUUAAUGUGAAACAGUUGCAGUUUCCUAUUCGGAAAUGUUGUUCCAAUGUGGGAAAUGAUAUUCCCAUUUCCGACCAGCGUGAAUCUUUGACGAAGCUGCACGCCCACUCCACGUGAAAUCAUCCCGCCACAAGCUCAAGAAAACAUUUUCAAGAUGCUGAAAACUACUUCACUUUUGUCGCGUCGUUUCCUUCUUUCUUCGGCCGCCAGUGCUGGGCAGGAUGUCAGGCAAAUGGCCACAGCUUCCGAACUGGCCCGCCAGAGGAGAUCCUUGCAGGGCCGUGUGGCUGUCGUCACUGCAUCUACCGAUGGAAUUGGGUUCGCCAUGGCCCAGCGUUUGGCCGUCGAUGGAGCUCACGUUGUCAUUAGUAGCCGCAACCAGAAAAAUGUCGACGAAGCUCUUGCCAAAUUGAAAAGCGAAGGACUGUCCGCUUCGGGAAUGGUUUGUCACGCCGGUGUCAAGGAAGAUCGGACUAGGCUCCUCGAAAAAACUGCGGCCGAAUUUGGCGGAUUUGAUAUUUUGAUUUCCAAUGCCGCUGUUAAUCCCGAUUCAGGCCGUCUGAUGAAAUGCACUGAGGAAGUUUGGGAUAAGAUUUUCGACACCAACGUCAAAUCUUCUUUCUUCUUGGCUAAAGAAGCUCUUCCGCACAUGGAAAAGAGGGGCAAAGCUUCAAUUAUUUUUAUUUCUUCUAUUGGCGGCUAUGCCCCGAAUUACGCGAUGGAAUUCAUGGGGGCCUACGGUUUGAGCAAAACGGCUGUCCUCGGCUUGACCAAAUUAAUGGCCAUGGAAUUGGGUCCCAGGGGAAUUCGUGUCAAUUGCAUUUGCCCGGGACUCAUUGAAACUCGUUUCGGCGAUGUGAUUACCAAUGAUAAGAGGACCCCAAAACUCAUGCAUGACAAUUGCCCUCUGAAAAGAAACGGAAAGCCCGAAGAAAUGGCCGGAUUGGCUGCGUUUUUGGCUUCCGAUGACUCGUCUUACAUUACUGGAAGCAACAUUGUCGCUGCCGGCGGACUCCAGUCCGGUUUCUAAAUAAGACCAAUCACUUGUUUGAUUUCAUUCUCUAUUCAUCUUCCUCUCCUAUUUUCACGUUGUAAUUCGCCUGUUUUCAUCUGCCCGAUACAAGAUCUUGUUAUGAAAAA